UUGCCUUUAUCUGGGUUCUGGCCGUGGCCAGCUCCAUUAUCAUGUCUGCCGCUGCCGCGCGCCCCACUGCAGCCAUCUCCAGUAGUAGCAGCUCGCAGACGACGAAUAACAAAGUUAUUGAGGCGCAAUGGCACGGCCAUCAUUAUGACGGUCAUCACAACGGUCACGGUGGUGAACAUCAGCGCAAGUUGUGAAUGAACCGCCAUAUCGAUGGAGCUAGCGGGAU